CCAGUGGUAUCGCCCAGGAGGGGGAUCAACAAUAACCUGAGUUUCCCCCCUCUUUCCAGUGGUAUCUCCAAGGAGAGGACUAUACCACCCCGACUCCUUCCCUUUCUUGCCCAGAGGUAUCUGUCAGGAGGGGGACUGUACCAUUUUAAUUUCUCCUUUCCUCUGAGUGACAUCUUCCAGGGGGGAACUAAUCUUGACUUUUACCCCUCUCCUCAGUGGUAUCUCCCUUGAAGAUGAGGGCACAUCUCCCCUGCCCCCCGGCACCUCUGCUUCUGUCACGUUUGCACAGACCUAUAGAACCCAGUUCCAAAGACCAGCUCUUCUGGAAUGCUUGCCUUCAGAAGGUUUCUACCCCUGAACAACGCCCCCCCCCGCCCCCGCCUUCGGUGGAACAGCCCACUGUACGGAAUGGGCGCUAAGAUGGCGGCCCCCAUGGAGGAAAGCCUGGGCACAGCCAUAUUCCUCGCCCAACAACGCCACUCGUGGACAAAGUCUCUGCCGAUCCCUAACUGCACCUUGCUCGGAGUGAGUAGACCACAGCAUCACAGCCCUUACGAUCGUGUGCGAGAACAACCACGCAGAAGGGGCACGGUCAGGGGUGAGGACAGGAAACGGAAGUGGCCCUCAGAGGACGUUUAAGUCCUGUUGGCGCGCGACGCUAAAGCGAGUGCACGAGGUUUUGUGGCGUGACAGUCAUCAGUGAUUUUUGAGGAUUUCUUGGUGUCCCCGUGGAGCUGUUGAGUUUCCUCCUUACUGGAGGCUGUGGGAUCUUCCAUUCAUUCUGACCGCAGCCCACAUACAGACUCCCCUCCAGCUUUGGAAGGUGGGCUGAGACCCAGGGUGAACAUGCCAGCUACUGGGAAAUCACCCCAGAGGUUCCCUGCCCUGGUUCCAGGACAGCCUGGCAGAUCCUUUGAGGGAUCUGUGUCAUUUGAGGACGUGGCUGUGGAUUUUACCCGACAGGAGUGGCACAGACUGGACCCUGCUCAGAGGACCAUGCACAAGGAUGUGAUGUUAGAGAACUACAGCAACCUGGCAUCCGUGGGCCUCUGCGUGGCCAAACCAGAGAUGAUCUUCAAGUUGGAGCGAGGAGAAGAGCUGUGGAUUUUAGAGGAGGAAUCCUCAGGCCAAGGUUUCCCAGGAUCUCUCUCACUGCUGUGUGGCAAGAGUUCUGUCGGGGGUGGUGCCCUCAGGCAUGACAGUGACCUUCAGCGUCAGAAGAUUCAACCUGUGGAUCAAACUGUUGAGUAUGAUGGAUAUGGAAAAGUCUUCUACAAGAACACAGGCUUUGUUGCACAUGAAAGAACACACGCAGGAGUAAAAAACUUUGGAUGUCAUGAAUGUGGGAAAAGUUACUGCAGGAAAUCAAACCUUAUUGAACAUCUGAGGAUACACACAGGGGAGAGACCCUAUAAGUGUGGCGAGUGUGCAAAAACCUUCAGUGCAAGGUCAUACCUCAUUGCUCACCAGAAAACUCACACAGGGGAGAAACCCUUUGAAUGUAAUGAAUGUAGGAAGUCUUUUGGUAGGAAGUCACAACUCAUUCUACACCAGAGAACACACACAGGAGAGAGACCGUAUGCGUGUGCCGAAUGCGGGAAAACCUUUUCUGAGAAGGCAACCCUUAUGAUUCACCAGAGAACUCACACAGGGGAGAAGCCCUAUGAAUGUAGCGAAUGUGGGAAAACAUUUCGAGUCAAGAUAUCCCUUACCCAACACCAGAGAACCCACACAGGGGAGAAACCAUAUGAAUGUGGUGACUGUGGGAAAAACUUCCGUGCAAAGAAAUCCCUAAAUCAACAUCAGAGAAUUCACACAGGUGAGAAACCCUAUAAAUGUGGUGAAUGUGGGAAGUUCUUCAGAAUGAAAAUGACUCUCAAUAAUCAUCAGAGAACUCACACAGGUGAAAAACCCUAUCAGUGUCAUGAAUGUGGGAAAUCCUUCAGGGUACACUCGUCUCUUGGGAUACAUCAGCGAAUUCACACGGGAGAGAAACCUUAUGAAUGUAGCAAAUGUGGCAAUGCCUUCUAUGUUAAAGCACGCCUCAUUGAACAUCAGAGAAUGCAUUCAGGAGAGAAACCCUAUGAAUGCAGCGAAUGUGGAAAAAUCUUCAGUAUGAAGAAAUCCCUUUGUCAACACCAGAGAACUCACACGGGAGAGAAGCCCUAUGAAUGUAGCGAGUGCGGAAACGCCUUCUACGUGAAAGUACGCCUCAUCGAACAUCAGCGGAUUCACACGGGAGAGAGACCCUUUGAAUGUCAAGAAUGUGGCAAGGCCUUCUGCCGGAAAGCGCACCUCACGGAACAUCAGAGAACUCACGUGGGCCGGCCCUUGCCUUUUACUGUGGAGAAAGCUUCUUUGUGAAGACUCCCAUCACCGUCUGACCAAGCCCUCUGGGUCCUCUGGUCACCGGCACACAGAGCACACCCGUAACAAUUAGGCUUGGACACUGGUGUGAAAAUACAUCCUGAUUCCUCUUAGGGGAUAGCUCGUUGUUUUCGUUUCAUUUGGAUUCCCCUAAUUAAUGGUGAGGUUGAAUAACUUCUUACCUGUUGACUGGCCGUUAGGGUUCUUUUCUUCUGUGCUUUGACUGUUGUGUAUCCUUUCCCCAUUGUUUUCUGACGGGCUGCUUAUCUUUUACAUCCUGGCUUUACAUGGUCUUGUUUUCAUUUUUCAGUAUAUGAGAAUGUACAAACCUUUUCUCAGUCAUGUGUACGGCAGAUAUCUUCUCCUGGACUGUGGCUGGUUAUUUAAUGUUGUUAACUCUUCCGUUGAGGUUUUAUGUUCGAAUAUUAUCAGUUUCAAGGUGAUCACAAUUCUCCUACACUUUUCCUCUAAAGUUAAGGUUUUCCUUUCAACAUGUAGAAUGUUAAUUUCCCCUGAGGUUGUGUGUGUGUGUGUAUAGCGUGAAUUGUACAAUAUAUACUACUAUAUUCCUCUGAACACUUUCCAUAAAUGGUACCACCCUGUGUUGAAAGUUCUGCAGCUUGCUUUUUUCAUGAAACGUUACCUGUCCUUGAUCUAUCCAUGCUGAUAAAUAUAGGUCUGGUGUAUUCAUUUCUCUCCCCCUAGCGCAAGACAUUUGUGUUGUUUCUGUGUUUAGCGUCUGGAUCUAAAAGUGGAACUGAUGGGUCAUAGAGUAUAGGCAGUGUUUAAGUUACUAAGCUGUUGUGCCCCUAGCUCCAACACCCCCCUUCUACGCUGUUCUUUGCGAUGCUGGGGCUGUGACUCUACAAAACAUGUUUCUGUCUUGCCAGCUGCUUCCCGUGGGGCCUUGCCAAUCGGAGAUAGUAACCGUGAACCGUGAGCGUGAGGAAGGAAGAAGGGCCUUGCUCCUUUUCUUUUCCUCCCUGUUAGCGCCCCUUCAUCUGAGUGUCAGCCCAGUAUCGCUCCCUCCCUUGCGCAGAAGUUCCUCAUGGUGGCAGUUGUUUAAUUCAGCACUCACAGAACAGCCAAUGGUGCCCCACCCCCUCAGAAACACUAGCGGCAGCUGGCUCGUGCCACCCCCUUGGGAGUUACCAGUCCCACCCACGUGACACCACUCCCCAGCCUUCCAGUUUUUCAACCGACUGAGCCACCCAGGCACCCCAGCCAACCUUCCAGUUUUUAAUAAUUCCAGUUUCUUCCCUUGUUACCUUAGCCUAGCUGCUUCCUGCAGUUGCUGCCUCCAUGAUAAUUUUAAUGUUCUCUUUCUGUCCUUUUCAGUUACAUGGUUAAUAACUUUGUGACUAGUCAAAAAUUCUUUGUAAGAAGUUCUUUUCAUUAAAACAACUGACAUCGUUUCUGUCUCCUAGCUGGGUUCUUUUUUUCUUUUUUAAUGUUUAUUUAUUUUUGAGACAGCAUGAGGGUGGGCAUGAGCAGUGGAGGGGCAGAGAGAACGGGAGACACAGAAUUCCAAGCAAGCUCGUGCCAUCAUCCAGAGCCCAGAGCGGGGCUCGAACCUGUGAACUGUGAGACUAUGACCUUAGCCAAAAUCAAGAGUCAGAGGCUCCACCGACUGAGCCACCCCAGGCGACCCCUCCUAGCUGGGUUCUGAUUGCUACAGAAGUUUUGCAACUUUAUUAAAUAAUUGAAUUCCCCCCCCCUCCAAAUUGUACUAAUUUACACUCUCAUGAGCAGUUUGAGACGAAGUUUACAUUAUCCCACAUAUACACCAGGACUUAUCAGUCUUUCAAAUUGUUGCCAGUCUGGAAGAUGUAAAAUGGCUUUAAGCCUUCCCAUCCAUGAAUAUGGUUUGUCUUUUUAUUUUUUAACUCAACUUUUUUGACUUCCAUUGUAUGUUACGGUUUUCUCCCAUAAAUUGUCUUUAAUUAAAGUUAACUUUUAACAGAAAUUUUGCUUGUACCUGUAUAUACAUAUACAUUUCAAAAUAUACUGAUGCAUUAUGGGGUUUAUAUAAAUAUUUAUGUGUAACACACACACAUACACACAGAAGAGAUACAUACUUAUAUGUC